UUAACAAUCUACAGCUAUAUUCGGCUCCAUUUAUGCUUUGGAAAGGAACGGUUUCAAAUACAAUACUCAAGUUCUUGAGAGAAGUUUACAGCAAGGGUAUGAUUUCAGCUGAAUCUAUACAAAUCAACUGUGUGAGAGAGGGAGGAAGGUUUCUAAGGUGAGUGUGGGACUGAGUGAGGUGGUGUGUGUGUGUCUGAUUCUAAGGUGAGUGUAAGAUUUCUGUGUGAGAGAGUGACUAUGAAAUGAGGUGUGUGCAGGGGGGUAAAGUAGGACUAAUUCACAGGGUCCUGACUACAGGGAGGGCCCCUGGCUGGGAGGUCCCCAAAAGGAGUCUAUUUUUUCCCCUUUCGUUUUUUUUUUUUUCUCAAUAAUGUCAAUAUAUGUUGGUAUUUCAUGCAAAUUCAAUGUUCUCUGGGAAUACAUCGGUUGAAAUGUAUGUCCCAGCCUGCAAAUAGUACCUCUAUCAGACACCCCCAUUAUUAAUGCACAUUGGUUUAGUCCGCCCUCUCGCGGACUUUUGAUUGUAUGCGCAACGGAUUUUUUCAUGCUUCGGCAUGAAACGCAGCAGACAGUUCUUAGCCAACAAGGAUCAUGUCGUCAAAGAAGAAAUCAGGCUUUCAGAAAAGAAAGGCAAAGGAAACAAGAUGAAGGAAAGCAACUGCUUACUGAUUUCUUUCCCAAGAAAGCUGAGAUCGCUACAUUUGAUCCGUGUGACCGUAUCAUUAGUGGCCCCCGGAAUCCGAUGCUGCCGUCCAUCUCGGGGUGUUCAUCAAUUCUUCCAUUCUCACACACGGACAUGGACAACCGGGCGGCUUAUGUGGGCGAGUUGUCCAGCCAAGUGGCCGUCCCUUCGUUCACCGCAGCAUCAAGCUAUCAUUCCUUUAUCAGACCUCGUGUCACGAAAGUACACCUUAAUUUAUGCGUUCCCCGCCAUCCGAGUACUUCGUGCACUCUCCAGGCUCAAACUGGCUCAAACCGGCAUCACCAGUGCCCUUCUGCCUACAGUUUAUUAUUUCUACCUUCAGGGCCAGGCAUCAUUCAGUCUUCUGACCUACACCACAGGCAUUGCUGUGUUCGCCGCCAUCAUGCUCUACACCAUUAGCUACUACGUCCAGCGAGUGGUAGGCAUGAUGUACCUGGACCCCACACACACCACGUUAAAAGUGGCUCAUUUGUCUUUCUGGGGCCACCGGAGGGACAUACAUCUUCCCAUAUCGGACAUCAUGACUCUGGGAGACACAGGAGACUCACCAGGAGAAGUUAUAUUAAGGCUGAAGCGCUACAGCUGUCCAGACACACUCUAUUUCUCCACCAGGCUGGGGCGUGUGCUCGAUAAAAACGGGUUUGAGAAAGUGUUUGGGACUUUGUCGUAAGAUUGUGUGUGUUAAUUAUGUCUGAAAUGAUCACGCAUUCAGAUUUACAGUAAAGAUUUAUUCACUUCCACUCUGGUGUGUCCAAAGUUCUUCGGUGCUUCUCAGCAGUGUACCAAUAAUCUUGAUUAAUGACUUUCCCUCACUACUGUGAAGUGUGUCACCUACGUCGCACAGCUUUCUUCCUAAUAUGGAUGGUCUGUUCCCUUUAAAGUUUUUGUUUUUUUUUUUAACUUGGUUUUGAUCUUCCCAUCUCUGUGUCCAAAUAUUUACAAGGGACAAAAAAAGAUUGAAAUCAGUCCAGUAUUGAGUGAAAAUGCUAUAACUGGCAAUUUUAAAAUGAUUAUACAGUGUAAUUCUGUGGAGCAAUCAUCCAUGUCAGAGUAAACCGCUUGUUUUGGCCACUCAUAAUGUAAUUAGAAGUGCUUGACACCAUGGAAAGGAUCCCGAGAGAUCCACCUGUUUACUUCAAUAACUGGAAAGGAACUGUUGAAACUGUAUUUCUUUACUCAUCGUUUUAUCUUUCUCUUCUUUCGGUAUCUGACACAAUAAUGCUCCAUUCAGUGCCUGUAGCCAAGGGAGUAACUUUGAUUUUGACAUUGGUGGGGACACAAAAGUGAUCCAAGGCAGAGCUUCUGAAAGGUUUUUUCCAUUAGCAAUCAUAAUUUCAUGUCAUGCAGAUCUUAUAGAUUAACGAGGGCAGCCAUGGCCUAAUGGUUAGGGAGUUGGUCUUUGGAUCCCAGGGUUGUAGGUUCAAGUCCCACCCUUACCUCUCCCUACAUCUCCAUCCAUGGUUGAAAUGCCCUUGAGCAAGGCACCUAACCCAACAUUGCUAGAAUCUGAUGAUUUAUUACUUUUAGACCACACAAUUCCUAAUUUGUGUUUAAGCAGUCGUUCUGUC